AUGUCGUUCUUCAUUGAAAACCCUAAUGUCGGGGACAGAUGCUCCCUCGAGGAUUCCAGAAUUCGUGGAUACAACCCUCUCACACCCCCCAACCUCCUUCAGCAUGAGAUCGCCAUGACGGAGAAGUCCCGGCGAACGGUCAUGGAAGGUCGUGAGGAGGCUAUUGCUAUCGUCCAGGGCACAGACACCGACCGUCGCCGUUUGCUGGUUGUCAUCGGUCCCUGCUCCAUCCACGACCCUGAAAUGGCCCUCGAAUACUGCGAUCGCCUCAUGAAGAUGAAGGAGAAGUACAAGGAUGAGCUGCUGAUUGUCAUGCGCUCCUACCUCGAGAAGCCCCGUACCACCGUCGGCUGGAAGGGUCUCAUCAACGACCCCGACAUUGACAACAGCUUCAAGAUCAACAAGGGUCUUCGCACCUCCCGUCAACUUUUCGUCGACCUGACCAACAAGGGUAUGCCCAUCGCCAGUGAGAUGCUCGAUACCAUCUCCCCCCAGUUUCUGGCCGACUGUCUCUCCGUCGGCGCCGUUGGUGCUCGCACCACCGAGUCCCAGGUCCACCGUGAGUUGGCCUCGGGUCUGUCCUUCCCCGUUGGUUUCAAGAACGGUACCGACGGCUCCCUGGAUGUCGCUGUCGAUGCCAUUGGCUCCGUCAAGCACCCUCACCACUUCCUGUCCGUCACCAAGCCCGGUGUCGCUGCUAUCGUCGGCACCGUGGGCAACCCCGACUGCUUCGUCAUCCUCCGUGGUGGCAAGAAGGGCCCCAACUACGAUGCCCAGAGCAUCGCCGAGGCUAAGGCCAAGCUGACCGCCCAGGGCAUGCCUCCCCGCCUCAUGGUCGACUGCAGCCACGGUAACUCGCAGAAGAACCACAAGAACCAGCCCAAGGUGGCUGCUGUUCUGGCCGAGCAAAUCGCCGCUGGAGAGACCGCCAUCAUGGGUGUCAUGAUCGAGAGCAACAUCAACGAGGGCAACCAAAAGGUUCCUCCCGAGGGCAAGGCCGGCCUCAAGUACGGUGUCAGUAUCACCGACGCCUGCAUCCACUGGGAAGACACGGAACUUGUUCUGGAGAACCUGGCACAGGCUGUGCGCACCCGCCGGGAAAAGCUUGCUAUCAAUGGCAACGGCAACUCCCAAUAA